GCGCAACGCACAAACUGCGGUUGUUGCUCUCGUGCGGUCUCCAACAGAAGGAAACCAGUCCGAGACGAAUGUUUUCAUUCUUGUUCUCCUGUUAUCAUUCGAGUGUCAUGUUCGAUUGACGUGAGAGUGCCGUUAAACCGCCGGCUUUGGUUGCAAAUCGGCUUGCUUUGCGUGGUCCGCCAAUUAUGCCGAAUUUCGCGGCCGGGCUCUUAUGCACUGCUCCCUUUCCGGGCUGUUCGUCGAGCUGUGCUGUUGACUUUGCCAGGAUAAACGCCCUUUAAACUGAUCGAGUGCGACAUGGACGAGAAAAAAGGCCCGCCCAGAUUCGGCGGCUCGAAAGUCUCAGAAAUCGCGAACAUUUUCCAGAACCGCGUGCCCAAUCAAAAGGAGGAAAUCUUCGCGCCGCUCAGAAAACCGCAAAAGUUGCACGAAAAUUCCGCGGAAAAACUGAUCGAGGCCGAAUCGCCGACCGUUACAGUGAUGCGCACCGAAUCGCAUGUGGCCCGUUUCAACAAUGCUCGGGCCAUGUUCGAGAAGCUCGGCUCAGAAGAUGCUCCGAAACCGGCCAGAGUGGUGCCCUUGCAAGGCACCAAGAGUGCGUCCAAUGUGCUGGAUCGGUCGCGAAGCAGUUCGGCAAACAGUGACGUUCGCGAGACGAAAUCGCAAAGUUCGCGCUCGCCUUCGCCCUCCAAGCCGAGAAAAGCGAACGGUUUGAAUGGGGACGCCAAAGCGAACGGAAAUGAGCCGAAGCUGCAGCCCUCCAAGCCGCUGCUGAUGAAGAAGCCGGAAAAGCCGGAGCGCAAGUUCAACAGCAAAGAGCUGAUCGAGCGCCAGAAGAACUGGACGUCGCAUUUCUCCAAGACCCGCAACUCCCGCUACCACAGCGACCCCAACAAGGCUGAGGUCAAACUGGCAGUUAACAACCGCGAACAAGAGCCUGCUCAUACCAAACUGGCCACCAGAAGCUCUUCCUUUGCUAAUUCCAGAGUCAUCAGCCCUCCAACCUCGCCUCCGCCAGACCCUCCCGUACGGACGGAGGCCUCAAAGCGGCCGUUGGCACGCAAAGAGCGGCCAGUUUCCUGCGGCAUUCUGCCCAACAUCUACUCAAGUGUGGCCAAAUACGACACAACCUCUCCCAAUAACGAUUUCGUGCACGCCAAGGAGAAAAGGUCCAGCCUAAUCGUGUCUCCCACUCCCAAUGAGGCCUCUCCCAAGUACAAAUCGACGCCGCAGGCCAAACAGGUGGCCCACAGGAAUGAUCUGGAGCCGAAGUGCCUCUUCAAGGAGGAGCGGGCGGGCGAAAGCCUGCAGCCCCCAGUUCUGGGCUUCGCCCCAAAGUCUCCCUUGGAGGACCACAAGUGCAGCAGGGAGAACCUGUCGGCUACAUCUGGGAGUUUGUCGUCGCUGAGCCCCCCCAGCAGCCCUAGCAAAGUGAAGUCUGAGCAGGAGAAGCAGGAGCAGGAGAGCAAUGAGAAGUCUCUUAUAGAUCAUAGUGAUAUCCACAAAGAGAGUAAGACUGACGAUCCUUUGGUUGUGCCAAGACGAACGAAAGUUUCCAGUAUUUGCCUUAACAUUCCUGCUGCUGGCCUAGGAAGCCGACCAUCUUCAAUUAUAACUACUUCAGAUGAAGGCGGUUUCAACGAGCCGUCGCCGAAGAUCGAGGCCCGACUAAAGCCACAUGAAGAAUCGCUGUACGAUUUCCCGAUAAACGAAGACAUCCCAGUGGAGAUUAACGACAACUCUUCACCUGAAGACGUGAAUGAAUAUUCUGAAGGGGAAGUUAUCGCGGACAAUCCCGUCAAACUCACACAGGCGGAAAUCGAAGCUUUGUACGCCGUGCCCAACAAGAACAAGAGCAACUCAAGCGGGCCCGCUGAAAAAAGACUCUAUUCAGUGACCGAAGUCCAGAGUCUGGACUUUGCCAAGUCAGUUUCGCCCACUGGUUCGGAUGCAGACUACGCAGUCCCAUAUCGAUCCCCAAGCAUGUUCCAUCAGAAAUCAGUGACUUCGACCGAUUCGGAUGUGUCGCAAGUAACAGUGAUUCCAGCGCAACAGUCUAUCGAUUCGGACGUGAUCUACCACAACCAGCCGCCGGUGGUCAACUCCGUGCUAUCCGAGCUGGAAAGCCAGGAGAGUUUCGAGAAGAAUUGCCAGACUUUCCUUAAUAAGGAGCGCGAGGACAGCGACAAUCUGCGCCCCGAACCGUUCAUCAUCAGCAGGGAGGUGUUGCAGACGGAAAAAGCUGCCCGCAGCCCGGAAAUUCAACGCUCAGAGGCGAUAAUUCUCGAUUCCAAUGAUCUGGAGUUUGCCGAUGAGCAGGCCAAGUCAUCAGAGGCAGACGCCAUGACUCCGGAUGAAGCCGAUAAUCUGCUCAGCUCAAAAAUUCUGGAGAAGAAAGUUAGGCCUGAUCUGCUAUCAGACGAAGAAGCCCAAGAAGUGACCAGACUGUUGCACGCCAAAGAGCAAAAAAUCCACAAAUGGCCGUACAACACCAGUUCGCUGUUGCAAGACUCCAUCACUGCGUCAGUGCACAAUUCAUCUGGCCCCGUUUCUUUGAACGACAGUUUAGGGCCGCCCUCCCUCCAGGAGGAGUCAGUUACCGAUUCCAUGCAAGAGCUCCAGAGGAACUUCAUGAUCGACAACAAAAAGGACAUGGAGCCUUUGUCGCAGUACUACGAGUCCACAUCCAGUCUGGACACGUCCACGCAAGAUGAGGAGGAGUUUAUUAGCCAUUCCAAACUGGAGGCAAGCUUUUCGGCUUCGGACUCCGGGCUGAUUGAUUCGGUAACUAGCACGUCGGAGGCGAACAAUCUGGAAACGGGGAGCGAAGGAGUGAGCGACUUUGUGCCCAAGCCUGUAAGUAUUGUGGGAGUGGAGCAUGGCGUGCACUACUAUGAGGACGGGCACUUUUGGAUGGAGGUGCCAGGUUUGCCUCCAGAGGAGGAGGAUGACGACUUAGAGUAUCCAGUAUACGUACCCAAACCGACCAAAGUCAUCUUUUCCACGCAUCCUAUUCGUGUGUUUUCCACGUUUAGCAUAUCGGACUAUGACCGGCGGAAUGAAGACGUUGAUCCAGUGGCAGCCUCGGCCGAGUACGAGCUGGAAAAGCGAGUGGAGAAAAUGGAGGUUUUUCCAGUGGAACUGAUCAAAGGCCCCGAGGGAUUGGGACUGAGCAUCAUUGGAAUGGGCGUGGGAGCGGACGCUGGCCUAGAAAAGCUCGGCAUUUUCGUCAAAACCAUAACGGCAAACGGGGCGGCCGCAAAAGACGGUCGCAUCAAAGUCAACGACCAAAUCAUCGAGGUGGACGGGAAAAGCUUGGUGGGCGUGACUCAGGCUUAUGCUGCUAGUGUGCUGAGGAACACCUCGGGAUUGGUCAAGUUUAGUAUCGGUAGAGAACGAGAUCCCGAUAAUAGCGAAGUGGCGCAGCUGAUCCGACAGUCACUGCAAGCGGACAGAGAGAGGGAAGAUCGAAGGCAGCGCAUGAUGGACGCUGAACAACAGCAGAGCGACACCAGCACUGUUCAGCUAACAGGCUCGACCAAUACGAGCGUGAGUGAUGGUCCAGUGAGCCCAACGGUGAACCAGGACUGUGUCUUUGAAAGCGAGCAGGAUAAUUCCGAGUCGCUCAGAAAUCUUCUACAAGAGACGCAACGCAAGCUAAGAUUGUCUGAGCAUGAGGUUGCAAGACUUAAGUCCAAGAUAAUGGAGCAAAAUGGGAUGAAGCCGGACGAUUCGGAAAAGUUCGAGCAGGUGAACGGGCGACUUCGCGACGCAGAACGGCAGCUGGUCGCCACUAGGAAGGAGGUGCAAACGUUCCAGAACAUGCUGGAACAGUCGCAAACCCAAUACCAGUCGCUGGAGAAGAAGUACAGCAAGGCCAAGAUGCUGGUCAGGGAGUUUCAGAGGCGCGAGUUGGAUCUGUUGCAUCGCGAGGACUUUUACCAGCAGCUGCUGCAGGAGAAAGACACCGACUACAAUGCGCUGGUCAAGAACCUCAAGGAUCGCAUCAUUGCACUGGAGCAGGACCUGCUUGAUACUCAGAGAAAAGCCGGACUGCCAAUGGUGCUGCCCUACGAUCGGAACAACGCCAAGCAGUUGACGCCGCAAAUGGCGCGCCGCGAGCCCCCCAAGCCAUUUUUCCAGUCCCUGAAUCCGGACUUUUCGGACACGGAAGUGUCCGAUCAGAGUCCGGACGAGGACAAGACGGCCACCGUUGAGCGCAAGCUGCCGGCCAAAGAAGAACUCGAUCGUGCGGUACCACCCCACGAACUCUUAGACAUAACAGCGACAAAAAGCAAGGCAGAGCUGGCGACGCGCAGCUCGCUAGCCAAUCGGCAGUUACCCAGCGUGAAAAAGGGCUCCCUAAGCAACAGCAGCUCUGAUUACGGGCUGGACGAGAGCUACAAUUCCGCCGACGAGCUCACUGACUCAGCUACUUACUCGCCCAGGGCCAAGCACUCUAACAACGCCGCGAAUCCCCCAUCUAAUGCGAGCUCCAGACCCACAUCGCUAAGCACUAACCCCCAUUAUAUCAUUCAACCGCAAUACACUAGUGUCCAACACCAGCAAUCGCAGCAGCGCUCGCACCAGCAGCAGUUCGAGCAGUACGCCGUCCAGUACAGCGAAGUGCAAAAAGCCAGCACCCACCACUCGGCGCAGAACGUCACUGGCAGCCAAUCUGCCGGCGUGGUUUACGCUCGGGUGCAGAAAGAGCAGAGAGAGAGGACGGACGAAGUGACGUGGUCGGAAAGUGGGGCGACUGGAGGCGGCAAGGGAGCGAUCAGCGUAGGUCCACCGGCCUCAUUGGCCGAACAACUGAAGCAAGUACUAGCCGAGAGAGAAAAAAGACUGGGUAGCGACAGCGCGACCAGUUCCACCGAUGAGCUGAACGAAAAAUCCAAAAGCGAUCCGGCUCAUCAUUUGCUUGAGGAAAUCCGACAAGCAGUGAGUGAAGCCAACGCUAAAGUUAAGAAAGUCGUUCCUGUUACGCUGUCGCCGCCUGGUAGCACGCCGUGGCAUCAUCAGGGCAACACGUCGCCUGAGCCUCCUUCUCCUUCCAGUCUCAGUUCCGGCUCAGUUUCCCCCUCAAGGCACGACACUUCAUGGGCCACCACGGAUCUGAGCCUGUCCUCCUGCAGCAUUGUGAGCGACAAACGUGGCUCGCACUUUUGGCACUCAACACCGGUCAACGAUUGGACUAAAGAUCAGGUUUGCCAGUGGCUGUUACAGAUCGGAAUGGACGAGCAUCUGCAGAAGUUUGCCGAGCUGCAGGUGAACGGAAGCGCUUUGCUACUGUUAACGACAACCGAUUUUAAAAUAUUGGGCAUAGCGAACGAGGAUAAGCACCGGCUGAAGCGGAAAAUCAAAGAGCUGAAAUCGCAGGCGGAAAAGGAGAGAAAACAGCAGGAAAAAGAGCGCAAGGAAAAGGAGAAACAGCUGCGCAAAGCGGAGAAAGCCAGUAAAAAGAAGUGAGGUCGCUUAGGUCCUGACAUGCAUUCUUAGGUAAUUUAUAUCGAUAUAGCGGCCAAACUGAUGCCAUAAAUGUUGUUAAUGUUAUGUUGAAACAAGUGAGAGUCCCCAUUAAGAUUUAAUGUACAAAAUGUGAGAAGCGCGUGUGAACUUUUGAGCUGAAUGUGCGUUUAAUUCUGUGAUGCCAAUAGUCUUAAUGUGUUGAGUGUGUUUGUCAUUGAUUUUCCUUGCGUUGGUCCACAUUGUUAUUUGUUUCUUGCCCAUAAGCGCCAGUAAAAAAAUCAUUCAGCUUCAUGUGCCUUCAAUGAGAGGAUGAUAAUCAAACGAAAUGUCUCGCUGAUCAAAUACCAAACAAUAAUGUUUCUUAACUACUGAACAUUUCACUUCAUAUUUAUUUCAUCGGGUGUUCGUGUUCUUGGCACUACUAUACUAAGUAGAUGAUUAACGUGCAAUAAAACCUAAGUCUGUGUAACCACUUGUAAAGUUAGCAAACUAUUAUUGCUAAUUAAUGAAUUGUGAAAUUUGCAAUUUGGUAUAUUUCUAGAUGUAGAUCUCGUGCAUGUGAUUGGGAUUCAUGUUCAAUUGGCGGAUGGACGGUUCUUCAUGCAUGCAAAUCAACCCCACAAGCCGAAUUAAUGCGCGUUUUUUUUGCAAAAACCUGCCCUCAACCGCCAAUUGGCGACUUUCUUAGCCAUACUCAUACAAGUUUUAAAUGUGACCUAGUGUAUGUAUAUUAUAGAUUGUACAUAUAGUACUAAGACGUACUUAGUCCUGUGUAUGUAAAGGAUUCGGCAGGAAGAUUCACAUUCUUGUACAUAUACUUAAUUUAUGUUUGGAUGUACUGUUGAAUUCACCCAGAAUUGUGUCUUCCUGCGCUUCCCUUACUCAUUUAUGUUCCUCUGGUUUUCAUUUUUAUAAACCAAAUAUCACGUUUUUACCGACAGUAGUUCAUAAUUCCCGUGACUAUUUUGCAAUAGAAUGGAGAGUUAAGACCAUGGAAGUGUGCAACUUUAAUGAUUCAAUGAGCAGCUUGCAUUUUCUUUGUAAUGCAGUAACAUUUAUGUGAUCCAUAGGUUUCGAAUUUUUUUGCUCAUAUUACCGCCUCGGAUGGUUCUUCUAGGGGCGAUCUUUUUUUAUUAGGUCAAAAAUAGGCACAGAAAAAAUUGACUGAAUAUAGAAAAUAAAAUGCGAA